AGUACUUUUACCGUACUGUUUAAAGUACCUUCCCUUGUGUGUGGGUAGUGGGUCCAUAAUAAUACACUGAGCAGUGCGUGUUCAUGUGCUGAGGUACCGCCACCACACUAUACCGUCUCAUAUCCCACUGGACAACGACCAAUUCGCCAACCUUUCCACCAUCACCGUCGCUCGCUAUCCCGCACAUAUUACUUCAAUGCCCGACUUCGUUACCAUUUCUUAUUGAGCCUUCACGGCCUCUGCAUUCGUUUGAAGGCCUCGUUCUGCCAUUCUUGAGGCUGCUGUUACGGCUGCUCGUAUCCCUUUUCGCCAUAGCCUGUUGUAAAACGCGCAUCGCUCUUCUUUCUCACUGUACUAUCGAAACUUUACGAUCUCUUUCAGCACUUAAUAUUCGUCAAAAAGACACCAACUCCGAUUUACGAGUCGACUUGCACAUCUCCUGAAGACGGGAUUAGGAAGGGUUUUGCCAGACCGCCCUGGAUCAUAACAAACAACAGCUCCAAGAGCGUCAUACGCAUUUUGCAGUUAAAGUUCUAGAACCGCAAUAUGUCCCUACCCCAGAGACCUGGGGGCGGCGACCUCCCCCCCCAAGAACGGCGAAAUACGUAUAGAAGCUCCACUGGGCGCCCUCAACCGUCACACGACGCCGAAGUUGGAUAUGCUGGGCAAGAUUCGCAAUCUCCAACAUCUAGACGGACAAGACAACAUCGGACAGAACGAGCCGGGUCUCCCGCUGAUACUCGCCCGCCUCAGUCCCCCACCCCCGCAACUCCAGCUGCACAGGAUUUCCAACGCAAGCGAAGCUUGAUCCGCCCUGAGAGAAACCGCAUUGACCGCGACCAUCCAAACUACUAUUAUCGCCAACAUGCGGCGAAUAUGACAGUUUUGCCUUCGACUACGGGAAACGACCCGAUUCUAGAAGAUCAAGGAGAUAUAAAUGGCGGGAGUGGCGAGCCGGAUCAGCGCAGUCCUCGGGAUGGUCCCUAUGGGUCUCCAUCGCCUCUGGAAUCCCAAGGAACGAUGCAAGGUUCAGACACCGGCAACUUCGAAAAGGACCAUAAAUCCUCAAAGCUAACUCGUGACACAAACAAGUCGAGGAAGCAGACAAGAGAAGAAAGACGCCGCCAGAGGGACGCAGAAGUCCUCAAGCCGCCUAGUUUGUGGAACGUGUAUUGCUCGAUUAUCACAUUCUGGUGCCCUGAUUUUAUUCUGAGGUGCUUCGGGAAGCCAGCGAAAGAACAACAGAGAGCAUGGAGGGAGAAGAUGGGACUUAUCAGCAUUAUUCUCAUGGUCAUGGCCUUCGUCGGCUUUCUCACGUUUGGAUUCACUGCCACUGUGUGUGGUAACCCACCAACCCGACUCCGCGUAAAUGAGGUCGACAAAGGAUAUAUGAUCUUCCACGGCAAAGCGUAUAAUUUAUUGGGGGUUCGUCAUCCUGCGGCCAUGGGUAUUCCGGAACAGUCAAAUAUCUUGUAUGUGCCUGAAAGUCAUGGAGGCAUGGACGGCAGUUUUCUUUUCCAAAACGUCAACGGAAAGUGCAAAGGCUUGAUCUCAAAGUCAGAGGGAUCCGACGUUCCAAGUGAUGACCAGGGAAACCUCGGUUGGUACUUCCCAUGCAACCUUCUGAACCAGGACGGCUCCAGUGAUCCUAAAAAGAAGAGCUUCGGACCCUACCUUGGCCAUCAAUGCCAUACCACCGCACCUGGACGAACUGCAUUCUAUGGCAUGCACUCUGCGGGGGAUGUCUACUACACCUGGGAUGAUAUCAACAAUGGUACAAGGAAUUUGGCUGUCUACUCUGGGAAUGUGUUGGACUUGGAUCUUCUGAAAUGGUUUAAUGGGUCGCAGGUUACUGUCCCUCGAAUUUUUGUCGACCUCGGCAACAAGGCUACCACCCUGAACCAAGGAAUCAGAGGUAGAGACAUAACACAUAAAUUCCAAGCCUCUGGAGACAAGGAACUUGCCGAAUGUUUAGAACAGAUCAUCAAGGUUGGAAGCGUCGAUACCGAAACGAUUGGCUGUAUCGCGUCCCAAGUGGUGCUUUACGUAGCGCUCGCAUUCAUCAUCUCUAUUGUUGGAGCAAAAUUCGUCCUCGCUCUCUACUUCCAGUGGUUCUUGAGCCGCAGGUAUGCGGCCAGUAAGACCUCACAAUCUUCGGAUCCAAAGAAACGUAACAGGCAGAUCGAGGAGUGGACAAACGACAUCUAUCGCGCCCCUCCUCGCAUUGCGGGAGACCCCGGCAGCACUGCUGCUGGUUCCUCGGACAGAAAUAGCAGACGCGCCAGCAGCAUGUUCCUUCCAACCACGUCUCGCUUCACAAGCCCGUAUACACUAAAUGGAGAGAAGUCAGGACCACGGCCGGCACCGACGACUAUGGCGAGCCAGAACUCAGCAGCUCAGCUAUUCCCGCCAAACCCGAUGUAUAGAGGCCAAAACGAUAGCCGAAUGAGCUUCCCUAAUUCGAACCUAGAUGGCGGUGUUAUGAGCGAUGUAUCAGGCGACGGGCCAGGCCCUGCUGGCUUCAUCCAUGAAGCUGUCGUGCCUCAGCCUCCUCCAGAGUGGCAACCAUUUGGAUAUCCUCUUGCACACGCGAUCUGCCUUGUCACCGCUUACUCAGAAGGUGAGCAGGGUAUUAGAACCACACUCGACUCUGUAGCGACAACCGAUUACCCCAACAGCCACAAGAUGAUACUCGUUAUCUGUGAUGGUAUGAUCAAAGGAAAGGGCGAGCUACAUUCUACCCCUGAAAUUGUCUUGGGCAUGAUGAAGGAUCACUCUGUGCUGCCUGAGGACGCUCCGGCCUUCAGCUACGUCGCCGUUGCAAGUGGAUCGAAACGACACAACAUGGCAAAGGUAUAUUCUGGAUUCUACGAUUAUGGCGCCGACUCGGCAAUUCCUUUGGAUCGCCAACAGAGAGUGCCCAUGAUGUGUCUUGUUAAGUGCGGAACCCCCGAUGAAGCAUCGAAGAGCAAGCCUGGAAACAGAGGAAAGCGUGACUCGCAAAUUAUCCUCAUGUCUUUCCUCCAAAAGGUUAUGUUCGACGAGCGGAUGACGGAGCUCGAGUUCGAGAUGUUCAACGGCUUAUGGAAAAUCACUGGAAUGUCACCAGACUUCUUCGAGGUUGUGUUGAUGGUUGAUGCCGAUACCAAGGUCUUCCCCGACAGCUUAACUCACAUGGUUUCCGCCAUGGUCAAGGACCCAGAGAUCAUGGGAUUGUGUGGUGAGACGAAGAUUGCAAACAAGAGAGUCUCCUGGGUUACAGCCAUCCAAGUCUUCGAAUACUUCAUCUCCCAUCAUCUCUCCAAAUCUUUCGAGUCCGUCUUUGGUGGCGUUACUUGUCUCCCUGGAUGUUUCAGUGUGUACCGAAUCAAGGCACCCAAGGGUGGACAAAACUACUGGGUCCCUAUCCUCGCCAACCCUGACGUCGUUGAGCACUACUCUGAGAACGUGGUCGAUACACUACACAAGAAGAACUUGUUGUUGCUUGGUGAAGAUCGUUACCUCUCAACACUCAUGCUCAGGACUUUCCCGAAGCGCAAGCAGGUCUUUGUGCCACAGGCCGUAUGCAAAACUACUGUGCCUGAGCAAUUCUCGGUAUUGUUGUCUCAGAGACGUAGAUGGAUUAACAGUACCAUCCACAACUUGAUGGAACUGGUUCUCGUCAGAGAUCUAUGUGGUACUUUCUGCUUCAGUAUGCAGUUCGUGGUGUUCAUCGAUUUGAUCGGAACACUUGUCCUGCCCGCUGCUAUUGCGUUCACUAUCUACGUCGUCGUCAUAUCCAUCGUCAGAAAGCCCGUUCAAGUCAUCCCCCUCGUCCUCCUCGGCCUAAUCCUCGGUCUCCCAGCCGUCCUGAUCGUCCUCACCGCCCACAGAUGGUCCUACGUCGUCUGGAUGUUAAUCUACCUGAUCUCCCUCCCCAUCUGGAACUUCGUACUCCCGGUCUACGCCUACUGGAAGUUCGACGACUUCUCGUGGGGCGACACGCGCAAGACGGCCGGCGAGAAGACCAAGAAGGCCGGCAUCGAGUACGAGGGCGAGUUCGACAGCAGCAAGAUCAACAUGAAGCGCUGGGGCGAGUUUGAGAAGGAGAGGAGACAGAGACAGGCCGGGCAGUGGAAUGCGCAUAGCAACAUCAGCAGCUAUAGGGACGACUACUAUGAUAAUAAUAAUUAAUUGUGGUAAUGGAGCGGAGGAGAGAGAGGGGUAUUUGUGUCGAUGCAUAGUUUGCUGGUGGAACUCCAGAUUUUGUCUUUUUGGGGCGUUCAUUCCUUCACUGUGUUUAUUUUUUAUGUUUUUUGUACGGCGGAUGCUGCGGUUUGUCUGACAGGGCGUUUUGCGUGUUUCGAUAGCAGGGAGGGGUUUGUGUGGUUUUAAUGGGUAUCGCGGGGAGCGAGCUCAUCCUUAAAAAUGGAUAUUAGCGUAAGUUAUAUGGAUUAUGGUUAUUCACACUCUCUUGUGCCUGUGCUGGAUUCGCAUCGUAGAGUAGCAGCAAUCGAUAGAUAUAUUUAUAUCGGAAAAUGGAUG